AUGGCAGAAAAGGAAGGAGCAAUUGUCAAGAAGGGCCAUGAAGAAGGCUUGAAAAUGGCCCUUUCCCUUCUUGAAGAAUAUCAACUCCCAGCAGGGCUUCUCCCUCUGGCUGAUGUGAUCGAAGUUGGGUUCGUGAAGACCACCGGAUACAUGUGGAUCCUGCAAACUAAAAAAGUUGAACAUAACUUCAAGAUGAUUAGUAAGCUGGUUAGUUAUGGUGCUGAAAUAACUGGAUACGUCGAGAAGAAGAGGAUCAAGAAGCUCAAGGGAGUGAAGGCUAAGGAACUGAUGCUAUGGCCUCCAGUUGGUGACAUCUCAGUCGACGACUCUCCUACUGGCAAGAUUCACUUCAAGAGUCUUGCUGGCAUUACAAAAACUUUCCCAGUUGAGGCUUUUGCAGCUGGACAGUAA